CGUGCCCUCGCCAUCCGCUUCGCGAGCGAGGCGAGCCUCACAGACGGCACAGCAGACUCCUUCGAAGCUGCACGCUGUCUCGAGUAACCUCGAGUCGAGUCGAGGUAUGAGAUCUCAGAGAAUACGGAGGUGCAAAAGCUAGGUCAUGUCCGAGGCCGAGAAUGGUCGAUUGCGCGGCGAAGACCCCUGUCGCUGCAGCUGUCACCAGGCCGCCGGAAUGCGCGCCUUGGGCGCCUCCCAGGCGCAACGGCCGGGUCGCAUACGUCGGCUCUGCGCUAGGGUCCAGCGAUGCGGAGGCGGCGGCGCUGCAAUGGGGACGAUACGGCGCACAGACUCAGUCAGUGCGACUUCUCACGGGCACGGACGGUCGUGCUCGAGACGAGGCAUCGCGCGGCACUGCGGACACCGCAGUCGCGCGAGACAGCGCGCAGCCUUGAAGGCAAGAUCACGGCUCCCGACCUUCUCCGUCAGGUACUCGAGCCUCGUCUGGGUACCCAUCACAAUUCUUGGCGAGAGCCUGGCUAAUAUCGCGGCUGUAAGGGCGGAGAGCUCAAGCGAGCGCAGGGGCCUGCGCAGAGGGCGGUGAGCGCGCAUUGAGGAUGGGCAAGGGCACCCUUGCAGGCUACGUUGGUCUGGCUGCAAGACGCCCGACAUCCGCGGACUGGCGAAUCUCGGGCCCAUCGCCAAGUCUCCGAGACUGAGGCUCUGGAGCACCCGUCAUAACGCCUGCA